CAGGUCGCCAUUUAUAAACACUGCAGUGUUGCCACAUUAUAACCCCUCCCCACUUCUGUCCUAAAUUGAAUAUUUGUUCUUAUGUAAUAUACAUAUAUAGUUUGUUAUAAAGUUAAGGGGGAACUAAAGGAGUUACACUCUUACACUUAAAAAUUAGAAGGUGGUUGACUAAAAAUAACGACAGUGCCUCAUUUUUUGUAUAAUAUUUAAAAUGGAUAGUGCAAUCAGUAACUUUAGAAAUUAUUUAAAAAUACGGUCGGUCCAUCCUGAACCAGAUUACGAUGGUUGCGUUAAUUUCUUGAAAAAAAUAGCUGAAGGAUACGGAUUUCAGACCUCUGUCUUUCAUCUUGAUGACCAGCGACCUGUUUUGAUAAUAACUAUAGAGGGUUCACAACCACAGCUUCCUUCCAUUCUUCUUAAUUCACAUAUGGACGUCGUUCCUGUUUUUGAAGAGAAAUGGAUACAUGACCCUUUCGCAGCUGUGAUGGACAGUAAUGGAGAUAUUUAUGCAAGAGGUGCACAGGAUAUGAAAUGCGUCACUAUAGCAGAACUGGAGGCUUUGAAAAAUAUAAAAGCUUCUGGCGUGAGGAUGAAAAGAACAAUUCACAUGACUAUACUUCCAGAUGAAGAAAUUGGGAGUGAACUCGGCAUGGCGAAGUUCGUUCACACGGAAACAUUCAAAAAUCUAAAUGUGGGUUUCGAUAUUGAUGAGGGCAGCAUCAUGGACAAUGAAGAAUUCAUUAUUUUCAACAACGAAAGAUGCAAGUGGUCGAUUCGUAUCCAUUGUCCAGGACAAUCCGGCCAUGGGUCACUCCUCCUGGAUAACACUGCGGGAGAGAAGGCUCGAAUAGUAAUUGACCAUUUUAUGGAUCUUCGGAGUAAGGAGGCUGUGAAGCUGAAGGAACACACAUUUUGCCUAGGAGACAUCACAACAAUAAAUUUAACUUCAUUGCAGGGUGGAGUUGAAGAUAACGUAUUGCCACCAGAAAUAGUUGUGGGAUUUGAUUUGAGGAUAGCUGCAGAUGUCGACCAUAAAAAGAUUGAAAAUUGGAUUAAUGAUGUAUGCAAAAAAGCAGGCGAUGGUGUAUAUCCUGAGUUCACCCAGAAGGACCCUCAAGUCCCAGUUACACAUCUGGAAGGAAAUAUAUAUUGGCAAGCGAUGGACACCACUUUUAAAAAUCUUGGGAUGAAGUGGAAAAGAUUAAAUUGCUUUGCUGCAUCAGACGCAAGAUUCGUGAGAGGGGUUGGUAUACCAGCUAUAGGUUUCUCACCGUUCAACAACUCCAGCGUAAGAUUACAUGACCAUAACGAAUACUUAAACAAGGAUAUUUUUCUCAAAGGGAUUUCAAUUUAUGAAAGACUUAUUCCUAAUGUAGCUAAUGUAUAAAUAGAUUCUGUAACUUUAUUCAAAUAUUAUAAGUAAUCUUUGGUAAAAUAAACGUCCUUUGUUAUUUUCCUUAUUUAUCUUCCAAGUCUACAAAUAUUUAACCUGAA